GGAGAGAGAGGAAGAGAGGGAGGAAGUGAGAGCAGGAGGGAGGGAGUGAGAGAGGGAAGAAGAGAGAGAGGGUGGAAGGCAGUGAGAGUAGGAGGGACGGAGGAAGAGAGAUAGGGAAGGAGCGAGAGAGGAAGGAAGAGAGAGAUAUAGGGAGGGAGUGAGAGCAAGGGAGUGAGAUAGUGAGGGACACUGAGGGCAAAAUAUAGUGAGGGAAUGUGAUAGCGAAGGAAGGAGACAGUUAGGGAAUGUGACCUAGUCAGGGAGAUAGUGGAGAAGGGAAGUCCAGGCAUGGAAUGAGGAAGAAAGAGUAAGAUCAUGAGCAAACAUGAGAAGGAGGGAUAUAGUGAUUGAUGCAGUGUGAGUCAGUCAGGGAAUGAAGAACAAAGUGUAACAAGGAAGGAGAUAGAAAAAGAGAGAACAGCGAAGCUGAGACUGCUGAGUGGCCCUUUCCAUUCUUUGGCCAUUAACCCCGGUCCAAGACAAGCCUUGGUCAGGACAAGGGGUGGAGAUGGACAAUGCAGACUCUCUGUCUCUCAGGUGGGUGAAAGGUUACACAACACAGAAGGUGCUUUUUGUGAACAAUAACACAAUAUGCUACGUGUGUGGGAACUUUUUGGUCUUCGUGGACGUAGACACUCGACAGGAGAAGGUGCUGCAGUGUGAGACCGGGAGUAUUGGAGUUUUCACGACCAACAGUGCCAAAAGUAUUGUUGCCUUUGCUGAGCAACGGUUAAAGCCAUUCAUAAAUCUGUACAGCUUUCCUGAACUAACCAAGACUUCUGUCCUCAAGGAUGGGGCUGAGUUAGAGUAUACACUUCUGGAGUUCAGCUAUUCAGACUUCUACUUUGCUACCUUCUCCUCGCUCCCAGAAUUCAAUCUAACCAUCUGGAACUGGAAAACAAACGUUCGUCUUUGUAGUGAGUCUCUCUUAGGCAUGAAACCUACUAUUCUGAGCUUUAACCCUAUGAACCAGCUCCAAUUGUGUCUGGCCAAUGAGGAAUGCCUGUUACUGUGGAAUAUUGAACGAUGUGAUGACCUUCACUUAUUAAAGCGCAUAGAUGUAGAGCUCCCUGCAGAAGAUGGAUCUCAAGCAUUUUUAGAUGAUGUUGGGAUUGGUCCUGACAGCAGUGCUUUGACUUACUAUGGCCCAAAGAUGUUAAUAUCAGCCCAGGCAGGUCUUGUCGGAAACAUGGCCAAUACAUUUGUGCCACAGGAACUACAGAAAACUUUGAUUAAGCCUGUGUCUGUGUGCUGGACCUCAAAUUCCGAUUUAUAUGUUGGCUGUAAAACAGGACACCUUUUACUUGUAGAUGCUGACUUGCAGAGAACUGUUGUAUUGGACACACCAUCCGGUGAACAAUUGUCCCCAGGCAGUUUCAGAAAUGCGUCAUCCAAGAUUAUGAUGAGUGUCCAUCCAGAACUAAAGCAAUGUGAAGUGAAUACCCUCGCGCUCAACAAAAAGGGACUGUAUACGGCAGGAUUGAAUGGAAUCCUCUACUGUAUCAAGAUGACACCCCACAAAGUGGAGAUUGAGGAAUGCUUGUCAGCAGGAUCGCCAAUUAGGAACAUCGAAUUCUCAGUAGAUUAUGAAUCACUGCUUGUUGCUACAGAAGAGGGUUCAAUACAUAUUUACAAGCCAUCUAAGCCGAACAAGAUGACCACAAUCUUAGACAUACACAGUGGGGACUAUGUAUCAGCAGCUCUGCUAGGGACAGGGAAACAGUACUGUGUGUCGGCAAGAAUACUGGGUGCUGUGCAGGUGUGGUCUGUUGCAGAUGGGAAACUCAUCAGUACCCUUAUCCUUCCAGUAAAGAUCACUGUUAUGGCGAGCUGUCCUUCCUCCAACUAUGUUGCUCUGGGCACUGAAACUGGUCAUGUCUAUUUCAUAAAUCUGGCAAAAGUGGAGACCCCUCACCUGGUUUACCAACUCCAUCUCCAUAAAAUGCCGAUUCAGUGUUUAGCAUAUGACCAUGGGGGCCAGUACCUUAUGGCUGGAUGCUCUGAUGGGCAUAUGUUCAUUGUAAAUGCUAAACCGUCCAAGCAGUUUAAAGUCAUCGGAUAUACAGAGAUAAAAAGUGAAAUUAUGGAAUGUUCACUUGCAUUUCACAUGUCAAAGAAAAUUGUGAAUUGCCUGAUACUGGCAUGCCAGGCUGGAGAUGACAAAUCAUAUGGAGCCACUCAGCUGAUCAGAUUGGAUCUUGCUGGAGAUCUAAUUUCAGGUUCUUCUACAUCUGUUGAUCACCGUGGAAUGAUGAAUGAUGUUGCUAUUUGGAAACAACACUGUCAAACCGAGUUGCCUCUGACGUCUGCAGUCCUGAACACCGACCAACAUGUCUAUGGGUACUGCACUCUGACAAGGACCAUCUAUAAAUACAAGAUCACCAGGGGCCUGUCAAGUGAUACAUUUAACCUGAUCACUCAGGCUAAGGUUGAAGGCCACCAGCUAGGACCAGGAUUCCUCUAUCUCUCUGCAAAUCAGCAGUGCUUGGCAUCUGUGGCCAGGGAUGGAUUCAUUCAGUUAAGAGAUGCCAACAACCUGGGAUUGCACUUUGAAACUCAGUGUCACUCUUAUCGUUUGGGAGGAGUCAAAUCUAUCACAUUGUCAUUGGACUGUCGAACUGUUCUUACAACUGGCGUCCAAGAUGGUACCAUAGUGUGUAACACUGAAAGGUUUGACCCAGCAGGGUCAGAACGGAACAAGGCAGUGCUGGAUUACAAUCGCUCAAUGACCUCAAUGCUAGAUCAGAGCUGUGUGGCCGAGGACAAAGCCCUGAUAGUGUUGGAACAGCAAAGAGAGAGCAUGAAGGACAAGCUGGAUGUUGCAACAGAUAUUUCCUAUCUCUCACCUGGAACCUCCACACACUCCACUGGCACCUACAGCACGCCAAGUAUCAGCAGAUCCAAGAGCUACCAAAAGCUGGAUGACAGUAGAUUCCCCGAAUCAACUUGGCUGGAAACAAAGAUGGCAGAAGCAGUUGAAAAGGACAAUCGCAAGCAUAUGGAUGCCAAAGCUAAGCUAAAACAAGGAAUCAAAAAGCUUCGUACAACGAUAAAGAGGAUGAUGCUUGAAAAUGAGAGUGUGCCUGAGAUUGAACGAUUAGAGCACCAUGAGUUUAACCUUGACCUGAAGGAACAGAAGAGGCUGCAUUUAGAGGGAAAGGAAAAAGUGGCCAAGGUUCGUGAGACAAUUGAGAUGGAAAACCUAGCCAACCAAUACCUGCGUGAAGUGAUUAAAAAAGAAUGCUGGGACAACAUGGCUGUGAAAGGACGAACACUGGAGGCUUUCUUUUCAGGGCUGGCAGUGUCUAAUUUCCCAAUGAGGGAGCGCAGCACUGAUGAGCUGGAGCUUCUCAAAAAGAUCAUGCAACAGAGAACAAUUGAAUUGAUUGACCUGAAGGCUCGAAAAGACAUUGUUGAGACACCACCUAAAAAAGAAGAGAAGGAAGAUGAGGAAGCUGAGGAUGAAGAAUCAAAAGAGGAAGAGAGUGCAGCAUUGAAAGGCAGCCUGACCUGCCAGUAUGGUGUGAUAAAUGAUCACUUGUAUAAACAAAUAGAGCUGCACACAAAGGAUGAGAAGAUUAAUCAGAUCAUCCUGUUACAGGAUGUGAUUUACAACAUAAAAACCGCUUUCAACAAGGAGUUUGACGCAACCUACAAACAAAAAGAGGUGGAGAUGGCUCGAGUGAAGGACCGAACUGUGAGGAUUAUGGAAAUCAUGCAGCAACUGGACAUGGAUGAAGAGGUCUGGCUGCCCACAAUGAGCAACAAGGAGUUGCCUGAGCGAGAGUUUGAAGUCCAGGAUUCUGAGGUUGCAGCAGAACGCUACCUUACCCCAGAGCAAAAACGUAAGAUGGAGGAAGAGUAUAAAGCUGAACAGCUACGGCUACUAGCUGCCAAGGCUGACAACUGGAGGGAACGUGCACUGAAAGACAUGAUGGGAGGUGUCCUGGAAACCAAGAAGUCGGACAUUCUGAAAAUGGAAAUUCCUGUACCGUAUUUCAUGGACAAACCCGAAUAUGAAUGGACUGAGGAGCAGGUCAAACAAGCUAAAGAAUAUGCCAUCAAAGAGCAGGAAUUAAAUGAAGAGAAGGACAAGUAUCGUAAGACACUGGAGUCUGAGCUGAAGAAAUUACAGAGUUCAAUUGCAGAAAGCAGAAGCAAUUUUGAUGAUAUUAUGAACAAACUGUUUGAAAAAAAAGUGAGAACUGAAAUGAUCAUCUACCAGGAGGAGCUGAAGAUUUGCAAUCUGGUCUUCUCAUUGAGGAUAGAGGAAGAGAUACGAUACAGAGAUGCUCAACUUAAUUACAUACUCGAAGAGCAGAAGGAUUUCAUGGCUGUAAAGUCUCAGAUGACACAGAACGUGAAAGUGAUGGUGGACCGAUUCCGAGAGAGCUAUGAUGACCUGGUGGCUGAAGACAGACUCCUGGAUCGUGGAUUCAGGAGGGAGUUCUCUGAUGUCUCUGCUGGAAUGGUUGACCAACUUUAUAAAUUAUACAAACGCAGACCCAAGGUACAAACACAAAGGAUCCAAGUGGCAACAGCCAACCCUUUUGAGGACCAAUCGCAGUUAGUCAAAGACAGCCAUGCCAGUUUUCUGACUGCCAUGGUGGAUUUAGAUUCGCUUGAUUUCAAACCUGAGAACCUGGACCCUGCCGUGUGGAAUCGGUUCUGUGAAAGUAGGAGGAAAAAAAUAGAGAGUGAACAUCAGGUGAAACAGAAGGCUGCGACUCUGGCAGAGAUGCAGAUGUUCCUUCAAAGGAGGAUGGAGGAGGAUGAAAAUAAUGCACAAAUCAUCAACAAUUUGAUCCAGGAACUCAACAACAGUCUGCGUGAAAUAAAGUCACAGUUCCAGCUGAAUCUGAUGGUGCAGCUCGUGUUGAAACAAGGCCAAGUGGAGGUGAUGAACAGUGACUUCAUCCCUGACUAUUCCAAUUCCAUCUUCCUGCAUAAAGGUGUCGUGGAGGAUCUGAACAGCACUAUUCAGUUAUUAGGAGAAAAGAAAGUGGCCAGUAUGGUUGAACGCAAGGACUUCAGGAAAAAAAUUGUUCAGGUGGAGUGGGAAUGCCAGAAGAUGCUAAUGCAAAUGGAUGACUUGCAUAACAAGAUCCGAGACAUCCUGAAAUUGAAGAUCAGCAAACAGGCUCAGAUGUAUCUAAGGGAGGCGAAUUAUGAGUCUCAAAUCAAUGCAUACAUUAUGGGAAUGGAACGUUCAGUUCAAGGCCAGGAGAAGUUCCACAGCAAGGUUCUCAAAAAGAAACAGGAUGCUAUCAAAGAGCUGGAGAAGCAGAUUGCACAGCUGAAACAGGAGAUGAAUGGGAUAGAUCGCCACUUGAAAGAACAACAUAUUUCUGUCAGUGAGAGGCAAAAUAUCCAAGAGAUGACCACACCAGAUGAAUCCGAAGAAGACAGUCACAAUCGUUUCAGGGACUUGAUGCAGCGCAACCGUCUGAUGGAACUGAGUCGAUCCCAGGCCGAAGAUAUUGUUAUCCUGAGAAACGAGUUGGAAAGACAACGCAUGAAAAGCUUUCCAAUCCUGGUGGAAACAGAGCAAUACCCCUACAUUUAAAGCCAUUGGUUUGGAAUAAGAUAAAUAGCAAAGAGUUAAAUAUGUAGUUUUUCCAUGAGACUUUAAUGUAGAAAACACAAUCGUUUGGCUGGAUUAAUUUAAAAUGUGUAUUCAUAAAAAAUAGAUGUUUUUUUCUCAGUGUUCAGCUGUCUCUAAAUGUUAGCAUAGAAGUAGUACUUGAAUUAUUCCACUUGUUUACUGAACCAUACCACAAGAAACAGUAAUAUAAAAACCACAGCCUGGAUUAUAUUGAAAUGUUCUGAAACAUUAACUUCCCUUUCCACACAGUUCUCAACCCGCUGUAUAUUUCCAGUAUUUAUCUUUGUUUCAGGUUUGCAAAAAUUGCAACAUUUUGCUCUGGUUUGGAAUAGAUUACAAAUCUUUUUACUUUGCCUUUAUUCCUCCUUUGCCGUCAAUACCCACUUCCUCUUCUCAAAGCAUUCGCACUUUUUUUUUGCAUGUUUAUCGUUCCAUCCUUGGCAGGAUAAAAGAAUUAGUCCAGGGAGCAAGGUGACAGAAAGGAAUGAGCAAGGCUCCACCAGCUUCACUGUUUAAUGACAAAUUACAGUAGCAUUAAUGAUGGCUGCAGACAGAGUGGAUCAGCCCAUGGUGUUGUAUCCU